AUGGAAGUCGAAGAAGCAAUAUGUGUGUACUUGUUGCUCCGUAAAAAAGAAAGAAAGAAGAAACGGCAGUAUUGGGUGCAUCCAAUAUUACGCGAUCGGUUUACUCAUGGUCAGUUUCAGACUUUAUAUCCAAAAUUAAGAAGUUUUGAACCAAAAUUCUUCAAUUAUUUGAGAAUGUCGAUAAAUUCAUUUGAUGAAUUAUUAGAAAUGAUAAGUAAACAAAUUGAAUCUAAUGAUACCCAUAUGAGGUCAAGCGUGUCCCCAGAAGAAAAACUCGUGAUCACAUUAAGAUAUCUGGGUACUGGUUGUUCCUUUGGAGAACUACAUUACAACUUUCGUCUUGGCAAAUCUACAAUCACAGGAAUUGUCCGUGAAGUAUGUGAAGCUCUGUGGGAAAAAGUCACAAAAAACGUCAUGCCUGAAUCCAGCGAAGAUAUAUGGAAGAAAAUAGCUAAAGAUUUUGAAAAAUAUGCAAAUUUUCCCAAUUGCAUAGGCGCCAUAGAUGGCAAGCAUAUAAGGAUUACAAAACCCAAAGAUUCGGGUUCUUUGUAUUAUAAUUACAAAACUUUUUUUUCCAUAGUACUGUUGGCACUUUGUGAUAGUAACUAUUGUUUUACUUUCAUAGAUAUCGGAUCUUACGGAAAAAGUAGUGAUUCUGCAAUUUUUAAAAAUUCAGCAUUUUAUAAAAGGUUAAUAGAAAAGUCAUUACACAUACCAAAACCUAAACCAAUAUCUGAAACAGAUCCUAAACCAUUGCCAUACGUCAUAGUUGGCGAUGAAGCGUUUGGUUUAUCCGAAAAUGUAAUGCUACCCUAUGCAGGUAAAGGGCUAUCAUACGAAAAAAAAAUAUUUAAUUACAGGUUAUCAAGAGCUCGACGUUUUAUUGAAUGCACUUUUGGAAUUCUGGCAAACAAGUGGCGCAUUUUUCAUAGGCCUAUAAACGUGAAUAUAGACUUUGCCGAAGACAUAAUAAAGGCCUGUUGCGUGCUACACAAUUUUGUUAGAACUAGAGAUGGUAUACAGUAUGAAGAUACUUUACAUACUGCGCCAAUGAGUAAUCUUAUUACAUUACAUGCAGGAAGGGGUACACCAUCAUCAUUAAACAUUAGAGACAAAUAUGCUAAUUACUUUGUGAAUGAGGGUCGUGUAGAAUGGCAAGACACGAAAAUAUGAAAUUAAAAUUGUUACAGUUCGCGCCAAAUAACUAAACUCAAGAUGGCGCGUCGCGUUGGUGGGUUGUACAUAUUACAGUUAAUAGCUAUACGUUACUGUGGCAACGUGAUAGUUUUCCCGCGCUCGUUACGUACCGCCAAACAACGUUAUACACAUUUCAGUUAUUUGGGGUGGACUGUCUAUUACAAAACAUGUAAACUACCCUGGUAAAAUGUAUAAUUAAAUGUCUACUGACCAAAAAGAACCUUCUUUUCCAAAGAAUCCUCAUUUUCUCCAAAAAUCUCCACCAGCUCCUGCCAAGCUCCUAAGGGUGAAGCCAGACGGGCGUAAUUUUAUAAGUUGUGAGUCGCAGAAUUUCGGCCGCGUAAAUUACGCCCAACCGAAUUUCGGUUGAGCUGCCAGAUGGACGUAAUUUAUUCAGUCGCUAUCGAGUGUUGAUACGGGGUGUUUGUGUCAUCAAGUGCGAUGGAUCCAUUGAAAAUAUUGUGUAUUUACGAAGCAUAUUCAGAAGAUACUGAAGAUGAUGCCAGAAAAAGAAGCUGGGUAAACCCACUCAAUAGUGAGAGGCUGAUAUGUGGACAGUUCCAUACAUUAUAUGAACGUGUAUGUGCAAAUCCAGAUAUGUUUAAAAACUACUACCAUAUGCCAUUACAUGUUUUUCAAGAAUUAUUACAUCACGUAAAACCUUUUAUUACUAAAUCGGACACAAAUAUGAGACUAGCCAUCAGCCCAGAGGAAAGAUUAAUAAUAACACUCAAGUAUCUUGCCAAAGGUAUUGAUUUAAAUACAAUAAGUGAAGACUUCUUGAUUGGGCGUUCUACUGCGUAUGAUAUCGUCAAACAUACCUGUAUACAAAUAUGGAAUGUACUUCAGCCUAAUGAAAUGCCAGAACCGAAUGAAUCUAUUUGGAAUUCGAACUCCGAGCUUUUUUAUAAGAAAACUAAUUUUCCAAAUUGCGUUGGGGCAAUAGAUGGUAAACACGUCAGAAUAAAAUCACCUUCACACAGUGGUUCGAAUUAUUAUAAUUAUAAGAAAUACUUCUCCAUCGUGUUAAUGGCUGUGGCAGAUGCAAACUGUUGUUUUACAACGAUUAAUGUUGGUGAUUAUGGAAAAGAAUCCGAUAACUCUAUAUUCAGAAAGUCUACAUUAGGUCAAAAGUUUUUCAGAAAUGAUUUAAAUUUACCGGAAGACAAAAAUUUGCCCAAUUACACAAACGAACCCCAACCUUUUGUUUUUGUUGGAGAUGAGGCGUUUGGUUUACACAGAAAUAUGAUGCGCCCAUAUCCUAACAGAAACCUAGAUAGAAACAAACGUAUUUUUAAUUAUCGUCUUAGUAGAGCGCGACGAUGUGUAGAAUGUGCUUUUGGCAUAUUAACAAAUAAAUGGAGGGUACUUCACUCUUCAAUGCAAGUCAACCCUGACUUUGCCAUUGAUAUAGUUAAAGCUACAUGCGUUUUGCACAAUUUCGUGCGAAGGAGAGUUGGGGCUAAGUUUGACGAUGAGUUUUUGAAAUGUCCUUUACAAUGUAUUCAACAAAUUUCAAAUGGAAGAAGGUCGUCGAGUUCUGCUAUAGUCACCAGAGAUUUUUUUAAAAAUUACUUUGUUUGUGAAGUAGGAGCGUUACCCUGGCAAAAUCGAAUCAAUUCUGUAUUCUGAUCUUUUACAAUAAAUUACUUAUUGGUAAUUUUAAUAUAGGAUACAGCAUAUAGAUACAGCCGGUAUAGAUAUAAUACAGGUGUUACAAAAAUCACUGAAAAGGUGAGACACGUAAACAAUAGUUUCAUACAAAGAACUCGAUGGCAUAGUCAGAAUUUACCAAAUCACGAAAAAAAAUUUGACUCUCCAUACAAAAUGCGAUUAGCACUGGGACAUUUUGUAUGGGGAGGUAAAUUGACCAUGCCAUCGAGUUCUGUGUAUGAAACUAUUGUGUACGUGUCUCACCAUUUCAAUGAUUUUUAUAACACCCUGUAUAUUAAUAAUAUUUUAAUGUUAAUAAAAAUAUUUUGUACGUGUCUCACCAUUUCAGUGAUUUUUAAAGCAGCCUGUAUAUCAAUAACAUUUUAAUGUUAAUAAAAAUAUGGUAAAAAUACUCACUUUUCUUUUCUUUGUCUUCGUUGCUCAAGUUGUUCCAUUCUUCAAAACAAUUCUCAGCGACCUCUUGCCAUGCUUUCUGUUUCAAAAACUUGUCACUGUAUGACUUUUCUGACAAAUUCCAUAAACAUGGCCGUUGUUCCACUUCAAAAAUCAAUUUUUCCGUGUCGAACAUUUUUCAGAACAGCGAGAAACUCCUACCUACGCAUCCCGUAACGAACUGUCGCUGCGCUGCCCCGCUGACCGCUCUCCCCUCCCUCACCCGCUGCCCCGCUGACCGCUCUCCCCUCCCUCACCCCGACAGAAAUUCGGUCGAGUUUAUGCGCGUGAGUCGACAGACAACUCAUUUUGCGUCGUCGUGUGGCGCAAACUGCACUUUUGUAUGAAACCGAAUGCAGCAGAAAUUACGCGACCGAAAAUACGCGACUCACAACUCAUAAAAUUACGCCCGUCUGGCUUCACCCUGUUAGUCUGUUACUAUUAUGUCUAUAUCGAAUGAUUAACUUCACUGUCUCUAAGGUAAUCACUUCCCAGGUAAUGUUUAGAAGGAUUUAGUGUUCCAGUAAAACAACUCAAUGCAGUUCACGAAAGCUUCGCUUAUAUUGGUACCGAAAUUAUAAUUAGCACAUACAGUACAUAGAGAAAACGAAAGAUAAAGUUCACAUAACACAAAUUACACAGAGUAUAGAAGUACAGGUUAUGUGUGUUGUGUUGGUCGGUAGGCCGACACGGGACGACUGGCUCUACUUAGCUAUCGGCUACAGGAAUGCUGAUUUGGCGCAAAUGCCUGAGUGUGUACACCCCUACAUCACACCCCUCCUAAAAUUUGUUACACAAAAAUCGACAAAUUUUACAAUAGUUAAAAAAAAAAAUGUUGUGUACAAGUCUCCACAUCUGUUAUUUCUAUAUUUGCGCUGAACUACGAAUUAAAUUAUACAAAGCGAUAGGAUAUCAACAAUAUGUUAUGACUACAAUUUUACAAUGAUCACAAGUUAUUUAUAAUUUAGAAUGCCAGGGUUUUAAGGACUUAUCGCGACUACAAAAAAAAAAACGAUACAUAAAAAAAAUGUCUUAAAAUUACAUAAACUUGAACGAUUUCCAGACACAGGUGUAGGUAGCUUUACGCGAUAAUCACUCUGUGUUUACCUUUCUCUGCCUGCGCUGGUGAUGAUCGCUGUUCAAUGGCUUCCUCCAAAGAUACUGUCAAUCGUUUAUUCAACCAGUUCUUCGUACUUUUAGUGCAUCUCGCGAAACAAAAAUAAAUGCAGCAAACCAUACAUAAAACUGUACCGACACUUAUGCAGAUCAAAAUGACGUUAAAACUAUCCAUUUUUGACUUCAUAUCGUUGACUUGAUUUAUGUUGUUUUGCGUAUAAUUUACUUCCUCUAACUUAGUUGAAUAUUGACCCAUGUUGAAUGAAUGUCUUUGAAUAAAAAAAUUGACUAUUAGAUAUUUAUUGCAGUAGUGAAACUGAUCAAAGAUGCGUUAUGACUGUGACCGAAGAAAGUAUCUUUGCGGAAGGAAAAAAAAAUAUCUGCCCUAAAAUACUUACUAUUUCUAAGUAAAACGUACGGGUUUUUUGAUGACACGGCCGCUGCGUGAAACUCGCUGCGUUGCCGGGUCAGUCGCGAUGCUAGGUUGCGACAUCUGCUUACCCGUGUCGAUAACUAUACUUGGCGCCUGUGUUUGCACGUCUGAGCUAUUAAUUAAGUAUGCCGGUUUCAAUCUAUCUAUCGAAAUUACUGAACGGCGAUUUGGUAGUUGAAUUUCGAAUGUUUUUUCGUUCCUCCUAAUUACCUUAAAUGGCCCAUCGUAUGGAGCUUUCAAAGGCUUUCUCACCGUAUCAUCUCUAACAAAAACAUGUGUGCAUGACUUAAGAUCCGGAUGCACAAACCAUUUGCGAUUAUCCCGAUGAGUGUUUGAAAUUGGCCGUAAUUUAUCAAUUGACUGACGAAUAUUUUCUAUAUACGUAUACGAGUCGUCAAGUAUAGUUUCCGACGAGCUAAAAAAAUCAUUUGGAAGCCUUAGUGUUUUUCCAAAAGUAUACUCAGCUGCGCUUAUGCCGUUUUCGCUGCGCCCUACUGCGCGUAAACCAUACAGCACUGUCGAAAGCUCGUCAACCCAAGAUUGAUUGGUUAAACGAGACAUCAGUGACGCUUUUAAACUGCGAUGCCAACGCUCGACAAGGCCGUUAGCCUGCGCGUGGUAGCUGGUUGUUCUUAUCCUGUUAAUGCCUAAAACUUUAAGCAAAUCUGCAAAUAGUUGACUUUCAAACUGUCGACCCUGGUCCGUCGUAAGUCGGACCGGGCAUCCAUACCUGGUUAUCCAGUUGUCGUAGAUGACUCUGGCGACCGUCUCUGCUGUUAUAUCCUUGAUUGGUAUAGCCUCAGGCCACCGUGUACCUCGGUCUAUGAUGGUUACACAGUACCUGUAUCCGUCUGGUGAUGUAGGUAAUGGCCCUACUAUGUCUACAUGAAUAUGUUCAAAGCGUUGUGCAUGCUGAAAUGUGCCAUACUCUGAAAUCGUAUGUCUGGUGAUUUUCGCUUUUUGGCAACUGACACAAUUUUUUGCCCAUCUGCCUACGUCAAUGUUCA